AUGACGUCAAUUGUUAAUGGAACAUCAACCAUUUAUUUGGUGGCAGGAUCACAACAAUUGUUGGAUAAUGCCAUCACCUUCUAUACCAACACACUAGGAUUAACUGAACAUUCACAAAUUCAAGACACCACAUUCCUUUCCAAUGACGGAAAUAAAGCCAUUAUUGAAAUCAAAUUGGAUCCAAGUCAAGGAUUAUCUGAAUCUGAAGUUAAAUCAAGAAGAUCAGACAUUGAAUCGAAAUUGAAUGUUGUUGAUUGGCGGACUUUGGAUAACACCUCGGUGUUGAAAGUGGACAACUUAGUCGACUUGAUUGAAGUCUUGUCUAGUUCAAAUUUGGUAUUGCAAAUCACUCCUAAUGAAUUGUAUCCUAAUGAAGUUUACAUUGUUGACCCCUUGGGCUAUAUAAUUGGAUUCACGGCUUGUAAUGAUCCGUUAACUGUUGUACCGCCAGUUCAAAAGACCAGGCCAGUUGUUGCUAGCACUGCUAUGCAAACAAACAACCCAUCAACCUCAACCUCGAUCAAAAAUGAUGAUGAACUUUUGGGUAAUUUCAAACGCAGAAGAAAUAUUGCCGUAAUGACUUCGGGUGGUGAUGCUCCAGGGAUGAAUGCUUGUGUUCGUGCAGUUGUGAGAGCAGCUAUAUAUCGUGGGUGCAAGGCAUUUGCCAUUAUGGAGGGUUAUGAAGGUUUGGUCAGAGGUGGACCGCGUUAUAUCAAGCAAAUGAAGUGGCAAGAUGUUAGGGGGUUCUUAAGUGAAGGUGGUACUAAUAUUGGUACUGCUAGAUGCAUGGAGUUUAAAGAGCGUUGGGGUAGGUUGACUGCUUGUAAACAUAUAAUUGAAGCGGGUAUCGAUGGAUUAAUUGUUUGUGGUGGAGAUGGAUCUUUAACUGGAGCAGAUUUAUUUAGAAGUGAAUGGCCCUCGUUGAUUUUGGAAUUGAAGGAGAAUGGUGAUAUCACAGAGGAGCAAUAUGAGAGACAUAAACAUCUCUAUAUUUGUGGAUUAGUGGGGUCAAUUGAUAAUGAUAUGGCCACUACUGACUCAACAAUUGGUGGGUAUUCAGCCUUGGAUAGAAUCUGCCGUGCUAUUGAUUAUAUCGAUGCUACUGCCAAUUCGCAUAGUCGUGCGUUUGUCGUUGAAGUCAUGGGUAGACAUUGUGGUUGGUUAGCAUUGAUGGCGGGUAUUGCCACUAGUGCUGAUUAUAUUUUGAUUCCAGAAAAGCCAUCCUCUAGUCGUGAUUGGACUGAUCAAAUGACACAAAUUGUAUCUCAGCAUAGAAAAGCCGGUAAAAGAAAAACUAUUGUUAUCGUUGCCGAAGGUGCUAUCACUUCUGAUUUGAAACCCAUUAGUUCAAAAGAAGUCAAAGAUGUACUUGUUGAACGAUUAGGUCUAGAUACGAGAAUCACCACUUUGGGACAUGUGCAACGAGGUGGACUCGCCGUGGCAUUUGAUCGUAUUUUGGCCACAUUACAGGGGGUUGAGGCAGUUAAAGCAGUAUUGGAAUUGGAGCCACAAACUCCGUCACCAUUGAUUGCUAUUGAUGAGAAUCAAGUUGUUCGUAAACCGCUAGUUGAAGCCGUCAAGAUUACUAAAUCGGUAGCAGCAGCCAUUGAAGACAAGAACUUUGAGAAAGCAAUGUCAUUUAGAGAUUCUGAAUUUAAGGAACAUUUAUACAAUUUCAUUGCCAUGAAUACUGCUAAUCACAUGGGACCUUCAUUGCCGGUUGAAAAACGCAAGAAAAUUGCCAUUAUAAAUAUUGGUGCUCCAGCUGGUGGUAUGAAUUCGGCAGUUUAUGCAAUGGCAACCUAUUGUAUGUCAAAGGGCCAUACCCCAUAUGCUAUACAUAAUGGAUUCGCUGGGUUAUCGAGACAUGAGUCGGUAAAGUCAAUUGAAUGGUUGGACAUUGAAGGAUGGAAUAGUGUCGGUGGAUCAUUAAUUGGAACCAAUAGGCAAUUACCUAGUGAGACUGAUAUUGGAAUGAUUGCGCAUUAUUUUGAAAAGUACCAAUUUGAUGGAUUGAUUAUAGUUGGUGGAUUUGAAGCGUUUAUUUCUUUAAACCAAUUGGAACAAGCAAGAUCAAUGUAUCCUGCAUUUAGGAUCCCCAUGGUUUUAAUUCCAGCAACUAUAUCCAAUAAUGUACCAGGAACUGAAUAUUCCUUGGGAUCCGAUACUUGCUUGAAUGCAAUUAUGGAUUACUGUGAUAUUAUCAAACAAUCUGCAUCAGCAACAAGAGGAAGGGCCUUUGUUAUUGAAGUGCAAGGAGGUAAUUCAGGAUAUAUUGCCACCUAUGCGUCAUUAGUUAGUGGUGCUCAAGUCUCGUAUGUGCCUGAAGAAGGUAUCCAAUUGGAACAAUUAGAAAUGGAUAUCAAUUCACUUCGAGAAGCAUUUGCCGUUGAACGGAACUUGACAAAAGCCGGUAAAUUAAUCAUCAAGUCAUCCAAUGCAUCUAAGACCUUGACUCCCCAAGUAUUGGCUGAUAUAAUAAGAGCUGAAAGUUAUGGAGAAUUUGACACGAAAACUGCCAUUCCUGGACAUGUACAACAAGGUGGAAUACCAUCACCCAUAGACCGAUCAAGAGCCGAUAGAUUCGCCAUUAAAGCAGUGCAAUUUAUUGAAGAACAUGCUGAAUUGAUGCAAACGACGAGGUAUGAGUUGGAUUUCUCUCUGGAUGACGCUGCUAUUCAGUCUACUGCUGUUGUGUUGGGAAUUAAAUCGUCGCAUUUGAAAUUCACUUCGAUUCGAAGAUUAUAUGAUUUUGAAACUGAGUUGGGGAGAAGAAUGCCCAAGAAGGUGUUUUGGACGAGGACGAGGGAGAUUGCGGAUGAUUUAGUUGGUAGAACGAGAUACCACAAAGAUGAGGAGUGA